AUCAAAGUUCAAGAUGGCAGACAAGGGAUCGGAUGCGUUUGACCAGAUUGUCGAGGAGUCCUCGGAUGAGGGGUGGAGCCAGGACGAGGUGGAAACCGCCUGCAGCUCUAUCUCCGAGGUUGAGGAGCCGCAGGAGAAAAUGGAGCCGGCCAAGAUGGCGCCUCUCAAGAACGCUCCGAGAGAUGCCUUGGUGAUGGCACAGAUCCUGAAGGAUAUGGGAAUCACAGAGUAUGAGCCAAGGGUUAUAAAUCAAAUGUUGGAAUUUGCUUUCCGAUAUGUGACUACAAUUCUGGACGAUGCAAAGAUUUAUUCAAGUCAUGCUAAGAAACCCACUGUUGAUGCCGAUGACGUGAGACUGGCCAUCCAGUGUCGGGCUGACCAGUCUUUUACCUCUCCUCCCCCAAGAGAUUUUUUACUAGAUAUUGCAAGGCAGAAGAAUCAAACCCCUUUGCCACUGAUUAAGCCAUAUGCAGGACCCAGACUGCCACCUGAUAGAUACUGCUUAACAGCUCCAAACUAUAGGCUGAAGUCCUUAGUUAAAAAGGGACCUAACCAAGGAAGACUAGUUCCUAGAUUAAGUGCGGUCAGUAGUAGACCAACUACUCCAACUGUAGCACCCCCACAAGCAGUAUCUGUCCCAAAUAAGGCUGCAACUCCGGUGUCAGUGACAAGCCAAAGAUUUGCUGUGCAGAUUCCACCUUCUCAGUCCACACCUGCCAAGCCAGCUCCUGCAGCAACUGCAGUCCAAAAUGUUCUGAUUAAUCCUUCAAUGAUUGGGCCCAAAAAUAUUCUCAUUACCACCAGCAUGGUUUCCUCACAGAACACAGCCACUGACUCAAACCCACUGAAGAGGAAGCAUGAUGACGACGAUGACAAUGACUCGAUGUAAGGAAUAAAGUCUGUUCUGCAUACAUUAACAUUUUUGUGUGUUUGGGUCCAUAUGGCGGACUCAAUAGCCUAAGUCUUCAUAAGUUUUAUCUUAGAGAUGUAGUAGUACUAUUUUUCACAUUAGUUACAUCUGGUAGGUUUUGUUACAGUGGAUACAAAUGGUUUCUCAGUAGGCUUCAGGUAUACAAGGACUUGCUUCUAGACAGCUUCAUUAAUGUUGAGUCUCACCAUGGCAACUCUAUUUUUAGAAGCAGUUUUCCUAUGUGUCACUAGCAGCAGCACUUGGAUUUCAGCUCCUGGUCUCAUUUACAUUUAACAGGCCUUUCUUUUGAUAGUGAACUAUUCACAUUGUCACUUUUUGACCAAAUCUCCCAAUUUAGGAAACUUUUUUUUUUUGAAAGAGUGGAUUUAGAAGUGUGCUAAAUCCAUUUUGAAUGUAUUUGGGUUUUGGUCUUUUCUAAUUUCCUAUCUAGAUAUCGUUUGUUUUCUGUUCCCACCUCUCAUCGCCUUAAGUCAUUUGCCAUUGCACUUAAAUGUAAUAGACUGUGAUUGGAAUGUGUAAUAUGCCCUAGAUGCCUGGCACUCUGCAGUUCCUGUGAACUGGAGUGUCUGCUUUUGCUCUUCUUCACUCCUAACAGAGCAUUCAGGUCUCAGCACUUGCCUUUCAUGCCUGCUAAGCACUUCUCAUUGAUAGGCACUUUUGCAUCAAUUGCAUUCAUAAUCUUUCAUGUUUAAAAUUUAAAAUAUAACUUAAAACCUGCCUUGGUAAGUAAUUUACACUGGACCCAGAUAAAACCACUAAAGAACUUUGUUCUUUUUCUUAACCACCUGCUUUGGUCACUACUGCUUGAACCAGUCCAUUGGUUUCAUUCAGAUCACCUUUCUAGCUUGCUGCUGAGGGUGUCACACAUAAGAUGGGAUCAAGCCUGAAGGAAGAUUCUGAUUCUCUUUCCCUAUCAGGCCAACAGGGAAAACAGUCAUCUGACUCCAUUUAGGUACCCCAAAAUUUCCCAACCAUGUUUCUAUACACCUUCUCCUACUUUGUUUUAAUACAUACGUACAAGACUCACUGGAAACAACAGCAAAGCUUUUUUCUGAGUAUAAAAAGAACUGAUUUGAUUUGGUUUAAGUUCCACAUAGCCAAUAUUAGAAAAACUUUCUGAAACCUUCAUGCCACUUAGAAUUUAUAGCCAUGGAUCAUCAAAACUUACUAAAUAUCAGCAUAGGAUGGUGUUUGACACAUGAAAUAGAUCAGUAACAAGACAGAGAUAUUUCAUGCCAGUUUUAAUUGUCUAGGAAGGUUAGUGAAAGCUGAUCUGAUCAAUAUCAUAAGAGAAAUGUGCAGUAUACAACACAGAUGUCAGGACUAGAAUGUUCUCAGGGAGGCAGAAUACAAGAAAGCCUAGGUUCUAGUAUUAGUUUCAUUUACCAACAAUGUGACCUUACUUUACCUCGGAGCCUUGUUCUCACUAGUAAUAGGGAAAUAACAUCUACCCUGCCUACCUCACAGGGAUGUUGUGAGGGUUUAGCUGGUGUGUGUGAAAGUUCCAAGAUUGUAAAAGCUAUAUAAUUAUUAAUAUAUUUGUUUCAACAUUGUUAAUAAAAAUUUAACUUUAAUCAUUAACCUUUCAUUUCUUGGCUGAAGGGAUUCAAGGAAAGUGACCAAGGCAACAGUAUA